AUGACGGCGACAAUGAAGCGAACGAGUCGGCUUCUGCUGGCUCUGGGACUUUCUAGCAUCAGUUCCGCGGCUGCUGUCUAUAAGCAGUCUGAAUUGCUUCGUUUCCAUAUCCCAUCCGGUAUCACAGCCGACUCGGUACAUAACGUUCAUCUGGAAUUUCUGGACGACAAUCUUCACGGCGACAUCGAGGUGGUCUAUGGGGAAUGUGAGCUUGGCAGCAUUUCCGAACGUCACCAUGACAUCGGCACGAUGUCCAUCAAGCGCGACGCAUACCCCGAACGCUUCGUGUGGGCCACGCCAUCCGACGCACCGCAUUUGCACUGCUUGCAUGCAUUCUCUGGCUCCUCGCUAGUUGGCAGGUCCGAGCCUAUCUCUGUGGCUGCUCCCAUCGUUCGUCGAGAGAGUAUCGCAGAUGUUGCAGAUGCAAUGGGUCCGUGGUUUGACGGCGUGGCAUACAUGAAAGGAAAGGAGCCGGGCAAAGCAGUCGUGAGCAAAGCGAAGAACGCAUCGGUUGCGAUUGUCGGUGGCGGAAUGGCGGGACUGCUCACCAGUCAUCUUCUGGAGUCCGUGGGUAUGCACAACUGGCAUAUCAUCGAAUCAUCGGAUCGUGUUGGAGGCCGUAUCCGCACCAAGUACCUCAACGACACUCGCCCCGACCAGUAUCAGUAUCAAGAAAUGGGCCCUAUGCGCUUCCCCGUCAGCAUCACGUAUGCCGAGACCAACGAGACUUUCGACAUCCAGGACCACAAGAUGGUGUUCCAGCUGGCUGACGUGCUGAACAAGAUGAAUGCGAAAGACCAUCCCGAACUUAGCGUUGACUUCAUCCCAUUUGUUCAGAAGAACCCGAACACGCCCAUCUCCAGCGGAGGAAACCGUCUCCCCAACGGUCGGAUACCGACUGCCGGACAGGUAGACGCAGAUCCGUCGCUGUCAUACGUGGCGGCCUCAUCCAAUGCGACAGCCGUUGCAGAUGCCGAGGCCGACUUCGAGAAAUUUACCCAAGAAACGGACGUUAGCAUGAUGAAGAAGGUAGCUUCGAACUUGUUCCGUGCUCACAAGGCGGCCGUCGAGCACGGACUGCUUGACUGGUCUGAGGAAGCUUACCUGCGAUAUGCCAUGGGAUAUAACGCCAACAUUAGCGACUACGUUAGCGCAAUCAGUCCUAAUGCGAUCUGGGGCGACUUCUUUGAGAACAUCUACUUCGCAGCGACAACGUGGCGCACGAUCGACAAAGGCCUGGAGUCUCUUCCCCGCGCAUUCUGGCCGCACAUCGCGGACAAGACAACCCUCGGUCGCAAGGUCGACGGUCUAACGUACAACGCAACGACCGAGAAGAUUUCCGUGAACUGGCGAAAUGAUCCCAUGCAGAUGGUCCCGGAAAGCGAAGAAUACGACUAUGCCGUGGUUGCAGCACCGUUCAGCAAGGUCCGACUAUGGGAUCUGCCGCGGUACUCAUCGCUGCUCAGUCGCGCCAUCUCCAGUAUGAACUAUAGUCCAUCCUGCAAGGUGGCACUGCAUUACGAGACGCGAUUCUGGGAGCACCAAGAGAACCCCAUUUACGGCGGGUGCGGUACCGUGGACGUGCCUGGCGUCGGCAAUGUCUGCUAUCCUUCUUUCAACAUCAACGGUACUGGACCGGGUGUGAUCCUCGCAUCGUACAUCAGUGGCACCCCAUCUCGUUCGACAGCGUCUCUGAGCACUGAAGACCAUGUCGCUCUUGUGCAGCGCGCCAUGGUGGAGGUCCACGGACCCAUCGCAGCCGAGCAAUUCACAGGUGUUUAUGACCGACAAUGCUGGGAAGUCGACGAGCACCAGGCUGGUGCUUGGGCCUCUCCCUGGGCUGGGCAGCAGGAAUUGUAUCUCCCAGCCUAUUACCAGACCGAGAUGAAGACCAUCUUCAUUGGCGAACAUACGAGCUACACCCAUGCUUGGAUUUUCUCCGCACUUGACUCGGCUGUCCGCGGAACGACACAACUCCUUCUGGACCUUGGAUUGGUGGAUGAGGCCAAGAGUGUUGUGCACACCUGGAUGGGACGAUGGAUCAAGGUGUAG